AGCUCAUGUCUGGUUCCAAGGGUUGAGGGGUUGCCGACCAAAAGAGAGAGGGGAAUCAUGUCGUUUUCACCACAGUCGUCGCGCCGAACGGAAAACCGAGAUGGUCGUGCAGCUUCGGACUCAUGUUCAGAAAAAUCUUUUGGCACAAUGGCAUCGCCCGAGACGAUCCAAUUCAAGACAAGUACUACGGCGACGGAUCGUCGUUUCAAGAUCGCGGGCAUGAAUGCUCGCAUGGUGGAGGCAAAGACGAAGGUCUUGCAAAAAAUGAAGCAGCGGCAAGACAGUCAAGGAGGCGAAUCAGAUGAUGCGAACCGCCUUACACCCGAGGUGCCCUUAUCAGGACGUUCUGCAGCAUCUUCCAUGGCGAUGUCAACGUUGCCAGCCUCGCAGAGAGGUCCUAGUACCGCUACGAUAACCCUUGAGGAUGUGCAUUCCAAGGUGCAGAGCAGGCAGUUGGAGGAGAUGAUGGAGGAGAUGAUGACCUUGAGCAAUCAACUUGGCGACCAAAAGAAGCAGAUCGAUCUGCUAAGCUCCACAACUGCCAGCAUCGCAUCUCAGAAGAGCUUGGAAGACUUCAUGGCACGCAUGGAGGAGCAGCACAAAGAACAUGUGGAAGAGAUGCUCCAUCUUCAAAAAUCCUUCCCGACUGAGAGUGAGUGUCAAGGGCUUCGUAUCGAGCUAAAUGCUUCGAAGAGCAGGCAGCAGUCUUUGGAAGAGCAGCAGGUACUGCUGGAAAGAUCUUGGGCCGAGGAGAAAGCUGCUUUGGAGAAGGAACUGGCACGGCUCCGUUCACGAGAAACGACUUUGAUGCAACAGUUGAAGCAGGCAAUUGCUGAGAGCCCCCCGCCGAAGAUUGAAGAGAGUUUGCCACCUACGCCGCCGCGAAAGCCCCGGAUUCUUUUGGGCAUAGCGGCUCUUGCGGGGCUCUUCCUGGCAGGCGUGGUGGCGGGCUUUGGGCGGCACCGUUCCACUCCUGAACCGCAUCACAAGGGGAUCGGUUUCUUGGGGGUGGACUUGAUGCGGGGCAAAAAUCUGCGGGACGCAGGGACGGUCGGACUCGUGGUAGGCCUUGCGCGAGACAUGCGGCAAAUUGAAGUCACAGGCACGGCGUGCGGUGAGUGCUGGGUGGGGUAG